AUGAUUUAUACAACUUUUAUUCUUGUUAUGGAAAGUAUUAUAUAACUAUGCUGGGAUGACUUCAUAGCAAGUCUUAAACUAAUUUAAACCUGUAGAUUGUCGUGAUGAGCAUUUCGAAGUAUAGCUGAGUUCUUUUAAGUUAUAUAACUCCUCCAAGGAUAGGUACAAAAAUCAGAUUUUAAUUGAAAGAAGACAUCUACUUCUUAAUGCUUGGUGACUUGUCAUCUUAAUAUCCAAUUCCUUUAACCUUAAGGCCUCCAUCAAGUCUCCUAACCCCUUAGUACUUCAUACAGGAUAGAUAGAUAUAUAUCUUAUAAGUCACAUAUGUCUCCAAAUAUGAUAAGGGAAAAGUCAAAUUUUGCUGCAUCAAGCAACAUCCUGCUUUAACACACAUCAUGCUUGUUAACUUGGUUGUGUGCAAUAUCUUCUUAAAUCUUUAAGCAAGGAUAUGGCCCUAACCAUUUAAGACUCUUUAUAUACCUCCUAAUAUCUAACCUUCAAGUUAUCCCCAAGUGAAAGAGAAAGCAAAGGAAACAAAGAGAAGUAGAAACAAGAAGCUGAAAACUAAAUUUAUAGGUGAGUUUUUUAGUUCAUGGUUUUGAAGGUUGUUUUCAUUGUUUUUGAAGAUGUUACAAUCUCUCAAGAAUUUGAAAUUGCUUGAUAUUAUGUUUCAAGUUUGUUUGGAAUGUUAUUAUGGCAAAAGAGAGAAAAUUAGUAGAGGUAUAUUGAGUGAAAUAACUGAGAAUGGGAAUUGCAUAGUUGCUAGAUUUUGCCUAUUCAAUCUCUGAUUUUGGAUAAUUCUUUGAGUAUAACUUUUAGUUAUUAAUAUGAAUGCUUUUAUAUUUGUGUUAGAAGUAUAUAAAUGAUCAUAAUAAAAAUUCACGAUUUGGUGUUAAAUAAAAGGGAUUGAUUUUCAGGUUGUAAAUAAAUUACUUGUGAUUUAAUAACAUAUUUACGUGGGAGUAUUAUAUAAGUGUGGUAAAAGUUUGGGAAUUGCGAUAUGAGAUCAAGGGUACAGAAAGUAAGUUGGAACAAUAGAAAUUGAAAAACAGAUUCUGUCCGUCUUCAAAUUUCAUAAAGUUCCACCUUCACUCAACACUUAUCACCCUAAAGAUAGAAAAUUCUGAUUUGAAUAUGCGCUAUGACAUUAAUGAUCCAGUUAAAUGAUGUAUAUAUUCGUAGAACUUGGAAAAUAAUGGUAAUUAUACAGUCGGUUACUUGUAGUGUUAAUCUAAAAUAUUUUGCCAUCUAAGGUCUUUUUAUGAAUAAAAUAUUUUUGUACCUAUCCUUGGAGGAGUUAUUUCUCAUCCUCCCUUCUUUCCUGCACUCUCUCAUCCUCAUCCUUCCUUAUUAAUGUAUUUAUCUUACUUAGGGGUUCGUUUGAUGUGAAAUUUUUGUUUCAGGGUCGGGAGUUGUGAGCUUGUGACAGUGGAAUUCUUGAAAGUGUAACUCCAAAGUUUUCGUCAAAAUUCUACUUGUCAGGUUAAUCAUUGAGCAUCAGAUAUAGACUCAUACACCAUGCCUCCUAAAUAUGAGUCUGGUGCUCAAAAGAGAAAAAGGAAACGAACUGAGAUUUCAUUAAUUCAAAGUCAAGCAGGGGAUAUUGGCAAGUACUUUAAAAGCAACAAUAUGAAUAAGUUGAAUGAGGAUGAAGUAGAGAUUCAACCUGCAUGUGUUAAUGAAGUAGAUGAUAAGGAUGAAGAAGUGAGUCAACCUGCCUAUGUUGUAGUAGAUGAUAAGGAAAAAGAGGUGAUGAAACAUGCAUGUAUUAAUGAAGUAGAUGACAAGGAAGAAGAGAGUUGCUCUUCUCUAAAUUUGGAUGAUCUCGGGAAUUGGAAAAUUAUUAAUCAGAGAACAAGGGAUUACUUAGUUGAAAGGGGUCCAAAAAGAGUUGAUGACAUCUCGUUUCUGAAAGAUUGUACAAAUAGGCAUUUUGAUUCUUCACAAUAUAAGCGAUUGCUACGAAGUGGGCAAACAAUUGAUAGAAGAUGGCUAGUCUAUUCAAUAUCUAUGGACAGUAUCUUUUGCUUUUGUUGUAAGUUGUUUAAAACAGCCAAAAACGCUACCAGAGUUGGCCAACUUGGUAACGAUGGAUUCAAAGAUUGGCAUAAUUUGCAUCGGUCUAUUAAAAGUCAUGAAGGAAAUGAAGAGCAUUUAUGUUGCAUGACUAGCUGGAUUGAAUUGGAAAAUAGGCUUCGAACAAAAAUUACAAUUGAUAAAAGCGUUGAAUUGUUGAUCGAUGCGGAAAGAGAACAUUGGAGGCAUGUACGAACAAGGAUAAUCGCUAUUGUAAAAAGACUCGCCAAAAACACCUUGCCAUUUCGAGGAGAUGAUGAGAGGCUAAAUGUUGAGAACAAUGGUCUGUUUUUACGAAUGGUGGAAAUGGUUAGUGAAUUUGAUCCAAUAAUGAAAGAGCACCUUCGGCGGGCUAAUGCAAAAGAGAUUCAAUACACGUAUCUUGGCAAAAAAAUUCAAAAUGACUUGAUACAGUUGUUAGCUAAUGAGGUGAGAAAUGCAAUUGUCAAGAAAGUUAAACAUGCAAAAUAUUUUGCAGUUAUACUUGAUUGUACUCCAGAUGCAAGUCAUGAGGAGCAGAUGUCGUUAAUAGUACGAUUUGUAGAUGAUUCGGCAAACUUACCUACAGUUGAAGAACAUUGGCUUGAAUUCUUGAAGGUAGAUGACACAACAGGACUUGGACUGACAACCGAGCUUCAAAAAGCUUUGAUCAAAUUCGAUCUGGAUAUUGAUGACAUUAGAGGGCAAGGGUAUGAUAACGGAUCUAACAUGAGCGGGAAGUACAAAGGUGUGUAAAGAAGAGUACUUGAAAUGAAUCCUCGAGCUUUCUAUACUCCAUGUGGCGCUCAUAGUCUAAAUCUAGCGUUAUGUGAUAUGGUGAAUUGUUGUUCCAAAGCUGUAUCAUUCUUUGGAGUGAUACAUCGCAUCUACACUUUGUUUUCAUCUUCUACCAAGCGAUGGCAAAUUUUUAAAGAUAAUGUAAAAGAGUUGACAGUAAAGCCGUUGUCACUAUCACGUUGGGAAAGUCAUGUUGAGAGUGUGAAGUCUAUAAUGGAGCAAAUUGCACAGAUAAAAGAAGCAUUACUUGAUUUGGCUGAAACUAACGAAGAUCCUAAAAUAAAGAGUGAAGCCGAGUCGUUGGCAACACAUGAAUUUCAGGAUUUUGAGUUCUUGCUUGGCAUGAUAAUCUGGUAUAGGUUGUUGCAUGCAGUCAAUAUUGUGAGUAAAUUUCUUCAAACUGAAUCCAUGGACAUUGAUCAUGCUAUCGACCUAUUGCAAGGACUUGUUUCAUUUCUUGAAAAUUGUAGAGAAAUUGGAUUUGCCAUUGUCAAGGAUGAAGCGACAAAAAAGGCAAAUGAAAUGGGAAUUGAAGCUGUAUUUACAGAAUAAUGCAUAAUUCGAAGAAAAAACAAUUUGAUGAAAACUGUAGUAAUGAGGUAAAGCAAUCAGCGGAAGAAUCAUUUAGAGUUGAGU